AACACGACGUUUUGGAAAGUUCAGAUAUAAACGUGUUAUGUAAACAUAGAGACAGUAGAACAAGGAAUCAUUUCGGCUCUAUUCAUGGUAUUUAUAUCUGCAAAGUUCAACAACGUAUGGCAACUGAACGUGGCCCUGCUGGGGUUUAUUCAUUAUGCCAAGUAUGUUGCAAAACGUUUCGUCUGUUUCUUUUGCAAAACGUUUUUCAAUCAACGGUUUCCGUUACAAGAUGUAAUGAAUACACACCCCUGACUCUUCACUAUUUCGUAAAUUCGGAAUCUAUUCUGGACAGCGUUGAGGACAGACUACUCUUCUCGCGCUAAGAUAUUCCACUGGUCACCCCUAAAGCCAAUUCCUCCUUUGGCCGCCUUUCCUUCCAGUUCUCUGCUGCCAAUGACUGGAUCGAACUGCAAAAAUCACUGAAGCUGGAGACUCAUAUCUCCCUCACUAGCUUUAAGCACUGCUGUCAGAGCAGCUCACAGAUCAUUGCACCUGUACAUAGCCCAUCUAACCGUGACACAUUUUGACUUAAGAGCUGGUUCCUGCAGUACAAUGACGGUCAUCAACGCUCCACAGGACAAGUAUAAUGCGGUAUGGAUAAUUUUCUUUGUCCUUGGCUUGGGAACCCUCCUGCCAUGGAACUUCUUCAUGACUGCAACCAUGUACUUCACCAGCCGACUGAAGGACCCGGCCGUCGAAGGCUUAGUGAAUCUGACGGCCAACGCCACGGUAGUUGAGGCAGACACGAGGAACGUCCUGGAGUCCAAGUUCAACAAUGUGAUGACCCUGUGUGCCAUGGUGCCCCUGCUCAUCUUCACCUGCCUUAACUCCUUCAUCCACCAGAGGAUCCCUCAGAAUUACCGUAUCGCCGGCUCCCUGUCUGUGAUCCUGUUGGUGUUCCUGUUGACGGCAGUGCUGGUCAAAGUGGACAUGAGCCCUCUCACCUUCUUCUGUCUCACCAUGAUCAAAAUUAUCUGCAUCAAUUCGUUUGGGGCAGUGCUGCAGGGCAGUUUGUUUGGCCUGGCUGGGAUGCUGCCAGCCUCCUACACUGCACCUAUCAUGAGUGGACAGGGCCUCGCCGGGACCUUCGCUGCCUUCUCUAUGAUCUGUGCCCUGGCCAGUGGCUCGGCCCUACAGGACAGUGCCUUUGGCUACUUCAUCACAGCGUGCGUGGUCGUCUUCCUGGCCAUCUUGUCCUACUUCGCUCUGCCCAGAAUGGACUUUUUCCAGUACUACCUGGAAAGUAAUGGAUCCAGGCCAGCCGGCAGAGAUGAGGAGAACAAGAUGGACCUUUUGAAAAAAGCUAACAGCAAAAGGGGAUGUUAUUUGACAGACAGUCCAGCACAGAAGAGGCCGGUGGUCAGUCUGACAGAGGAGGAAACUAGGUCCACCAUAUCUGUGUUUGCCAUCUUUAAACGGAUCUGGGUAAUGGCCCUCUCUGUGUGCUUCGUGUUCACCAUCACCAUCGGAACAUUCCCUGCAGUCACAGUUGAUGUCAGGUCCACCGUGGCCGAUGGGGGAGCCUGGGAUAAAUACUUCAUCCCUGUGUCGUGUUUCCUGCUCUUCAACGUGAUGGACUGGGCAGGCAGAAGUCUGACGGCUGUGUGUAUGUGGCCCGGUAAGGACAGCAUCAUCCUGCCAGUCAUGGUGGGUCUCCGUGUGGUCUUCGUGCCUCUCUUCAUGCUGUGUAACGUCCAGCCCAGGAACUACCUGCCUGUGCUGUUCGCCCACGACGCCUGGUACAUCCUCUUCAUGAUCUUCUUCUCCUUCAGCAACGGAUACCUGGCCAGCCUCUGCAUGUGCUUCGGACCAAAGAAAGUGGCACAACACGAAGCAGAGACAGCCGGCGCCAUCAUGGCAUUCUUCCUGUCUCUGGGUUUGGCUCUGGGAGCAGCCCUGUCCUUCAUCUUCAGAAUCAUUAUCUAGACCCGAGAACACUUUCUUCUAACCAACCUGCUGUGGAGGUGAUGGGGGUUGGAGGUUGGAGGAGGUGGUGAACUUUUCUCUGUUAAUUGUUUUGUUCUUCGCAUACGGGAGCAACGCUACAACACUCGGAAGCAGCCAGCCUCAGAGAGUCUGUGCUUCCCCUCCUGCCACUGACUGAUGAUACUCUUUCAUUAUGAAAGAAUGCAAAGUUCAUCUAGUUCAGCUGCCUAUGUUACUGCUCUCAUAUCUUGUUCUAGUUGCCAACAUCUAUAUGUCUCUCUCAUCCUUCAAGGACCAUGGUGGAAGACAAGAGUUCUCUCCACUCAAGGGAUUAUUUCAGUUUAUUGAUCAAAAUGCCGCUAUGAGCCGUGUAUAUUUAUAUGGAUUGUGAAACUACCCAGCUUUUUGUGUCUUGGUGUGUUAUCAUUGAAUUGUAUAGGCAUUCUAGUUUAGAAUGUUUUAAAUCUCAAUGGAGUUUUACCAGCCUACGUCAGUGUGUAAAUGCUCAUUGUGGUAUAGCCUUGCCAUGACAUGUAAAGGUAUUUUAUAGUAUUUGAAUAUCUUUACCACAGUGACAUAUGUAGCUAUUAAUUACAUGCGUUGUGCUAGUGGACGGUGAGGGUAGGAGAGUUUGUAAACUCACCUGAUCAUUUGUUCUGCCAGUUUGUGCCAUAUCUAGUUUUGAGUGCUCUAUUUUAAAACCGGAUUGGCACAAGUUAAAUUUGCCUGGUUCGUAUCAAUCAGGUUGUUUUUAUGAAUAAAAAAAUAUGCAACGUGCCAAGGGCUUUAAAGUACAAAAUAUUUUGCUGUGCAACCUUUUUAAUUUGGGAGCACCAGUGCAACAAACAUCUAAUAUAUGUGUGUGUUCAUAAUUGUAAUAAGGCUUUGCUGUACCGUUGUUUCCCAAGCGCAUAAUCGUUAGCGUCAUGCUUGCACCAUUACUACAGCGAAAAUAGUUCGAAAGAUUUGACCCAUAUUACUGGUGGAAAGUUUUUUUUAUCUUCCUGUAAAGGAUUGGGGGGCUGCAUUUUACAUUCAUAAACAGUUCUAAAACUC